GUCGCACACGGCAACGUUCACCACAACUACUUGCACGAUGGUGAGCACCACGCUCCAGCCGCCGCACGAGGAACUUCAAUAUCUUAACCUCAUACGUACCGUUCUUGACACCGGCGCUGUACGGCCAGACCGUACAGGCACCGGUACACUCUCAAUCUUCGCUCCACCACCUCUGCGUUUCUCUCUGGCGGACUCCACAUUUCCCCUCCUUACAACAAAAAGAACCUUCCUUCGGGGCAUCGUGGAAGAACUUCUAUGGUUUAUUCAUGGGUCUACGGAUUCGAAGCUGCUGUCGCAGAAGGGCGUGAAGAUUUGGGACGGUAACGGCUCGAAGGCGUUUUUGGAGAAACGCGGGUUGGCACACAGACGGGAGGGGGACUUGGGUCCCGUAUAUGGGUUCCAAUGGAGACACUUUGGCGCAGAAUAUGUAGACUGUGAUACGGAUUAUUCAGGCAAAGGCGUGGAUCAGUUGCAGGAAUGCAUUCGGAAGAUCCAAGAGGACCCAACGGAUCGUAGAAUUAUCUUAAGUGCUUGGAACCCUGCAGAUAUACCAUCCAUGGCUCUCCCUCCCUGCCAUAUGAUGUGCCAAUUCUACGUGCACCUUCCCACAUCCCCCGACGAGAAACCCAAACUCUCCUGCCUAAUGUACCAACGUUCCGCAGACCUCGGACUUGGGAUCCCUUUCAACAUUGCCUCUUAUGCUCUCCUCACACACAUGAUCGCACACGUUACUGAUACCGAACCUCACGAACUCAUCAUCCAACUUGGGGACGCACAUGUCUACCGUGAUCAUGUGGAGGCAUUGGAGGUCCAACUAAAGCGAGAACCGAGACCUUUCCCUAAGCUGAAGUGGAAACGAAGGGUAGAGAAGAUUGAUGAUUUUUUGGCAGAGGAUGUCAUCGUGGAAGGCUAUGAUCCUCAUCCAAGUAUCGCGAUGAAGAUGAGCGUAUAGGUGUUCUGAAUAAUUGCAUGUUUCUAUAUACCGUUGGUUUGCUGUUCCAGUCGCGCUGUAUCCUGUAUCUCGUUUCUCUGUAGCUAAAGUAGAAUGUAUACCCAUUAGACCUCUG